AUGGCCGCGCAGUCGGACGGCAGUAAAGCCGGGGUCGGGUACAGCGGCAGCGGGUUCGCCCAGCUGUACGAUGUUGACGCUGAGGAGCCCAUGGACUCUGCCGCGAUCCACAUCUGUCAGUGCUGCCGCACCUCAGCCUGCUACUGGGGCUGCCGCUCUGCCUGCCUCGGCUCUCUGCUUGGAGGGGGCCAGCCUGCCGGAGGGGUCGGCAUACGGGAGACUCACUGCCCGCCCCGGGAGCAGCUGUGGUUGGACUGCCUCUGGAUCAUCCUCGCCCUCCUUGUCUUCUUCUGGGAUGUUGGCACAGACCUGUGCCUGGCCAUGGACUACUAUCAGAGGAAGGACUACCUUUGGUUUGGCCUCACUCUGUUCUUCGUGCUGGUGCCGUCGGUGCUGGUCCAGAUUCUAAGUUUCCGCUGGUUCGUUCAGGACUACACCGGAGGGGGGCUCGGGGAGGUAGAGGGGCUGACUAAGCGGGGCACAGUGGCUUUGGGGUGCCUGUAUCCCGGCAGAGACCGCCUACAGCUGGCCUCCAUCUGGCUGUGGCAAGUCACCAUUCACAUCCUCCAGCUGGGACAAGUGUGGAGGUACAUCAGAACGCUAUACCUCGGUAUCAUGUCGCGCCGCCAGAAGGAGCACCAACGGCGCUGGUACUGGGCCAUGAUGUUCGAGUACGCGGAUGUCAACAUGCUGCGACUGCUGGAGACGUUCCUGGAGUCUGCGCCACAGCUGGUCCUGCAGCUCUGCAUCAUGAUCCAGGAGAAUCGAGCCGAGACGCUGCAGUGUAUCUCCUCCCUUGGCUCCCUCCUGUCCCUCGCCUGGGUCUUGGCCUCGUACCACAAGCUCCUGCGAGACUCCCGCGACGACCAGCGCAGCAUGAGCUACCGCGGCGCGCUCCUCCACCUUUUCUGGCGCCUCUUCACCAUCUCGUCCCGCGUCCUCUCGCUCGCCCUCUUCGCCUCCCUCUUCCACAUCUACUUCGGCAUCUUCGUGGUGGUCCACUGGUGCGCCAUGGCGUUCUGGGUGGUGCACGGAGGCACCGACUUCUGCAUGUCCAAGUGGGAGGAGGUGCUGUUCAAUAUGGUGGUUGGCAUCGUCUACAUCUUCUGCUGGUUUAAUGUGAAGGAGGGGCGGACACGGUUUAGGAUGGUGACGUACUACACUGUGGUGCUGGCAGAGAACACCAUCCUCACCGGGCUGUGGUACGCCUACAGAGACCCGGUGUUAACAGACUCCUACGCCGUCCCAGCGCUGUGCAGCGUCUACCUGACGUUCGCCUGUGGCGUCCUCGUCAUGCUGCUGUACUACGGCUUCCUGCACCCGGCUACCGCUCACCUCCAGCCGAGCCCCGCCUCUUCCUGCUGCGCCCAACUGCUCUGGGGUCUCCCCCUCCCUCCGUCUGCCCCGGCCACGGCACCGCCCACGCCGGCCCACAUGACCAAGUCGCAGACGGAAGAGGAUGUGGCCGAGUCGUGUCUCCCCGUCUUCCAGGUGAGAUCGGCGCCCCCCAUCUCCAAACCGGAGGGCCCGCUAAUAAAGAUCGACAUGCCCAGGAAGCGUUACCCAGCAUGGGAUGCCCACUACGUAGACAGGCGCCUGCGGAGGACUAUAAACAUCCUGCAGUACAUAACGCCUGCUGCCGUGGGCAUCCGUUACCGCGACGGACCCUUACUGUAUGAACUGUUGCAGUACGAGUCCUCACUCUGACACAAACACAUAAGCACAUAUGCACCACCAAAAGACGUGUUUGUGUACACGGAUAGAAAAGAUUAAGAAACACAUUCUCACAUGCACAACUUGGCACUUGAUGUAAGCACACAGACACAAUAGCAAUCUGUCACACUUCUACAAGCACACCCCCCAAACACACACACAAACACACAAACACACACACUAAUACAGUCCUUGCGGGUACCUUUGACCUGUGAGUCCCAUGGCCAUGACUCAACAAGCUGCUUCAGCGCGAGUCCAUCUCUUUCUCUCUUCAUCCUUCUGUCUCUCUCUCUUUCCAAUCCCUCUGA